GGGCGCUUAGUCCCGUCCUGCUGUUGAGCCCCAGCCGCAGUUCCUCUGAGCCCGACGAGCGGCGCAGAGUCCUGUGCCGAGGAGCGGCCCGGGCUGGCGGCCGCGCCGGGUACAGCGGACGGCGCUGCGGGGCGAGAGAUAAUGUCUUGACAGUCCCCUGGUGGGGGUCCGCAGGCCAUGUUCUCUCCGUGCGAUGCCGACUCUGACAUCGCUGAUUGGCUGGCCACCAUCCAUCUGGAGAGAUACCAGGAAACCUUUAAGCAGCAUGGGUACCAAGUAACCAGAGAUGCUAUCUCCCUGGGUAACGAGGACCUGCAGCGGAUCGGCAUCACUGCCACUGGGCACCGCAAAAGGAUCCUGAGUCUGGUGCAACAGACGCAGCUGUUGGUGCAAGACAAAGGCAGGCCAAUGGCAGGAGAUGCCUGUACCAAGCCUGGCACAUGUACAGAGCCCCUGGAUGUGCCCAGAGUGUGCCAAGCAGGCCAGGAGGACAAUGGUACAAGUACUGCUAAUGGAGCCCCAGUAGCAACCAUUGGGCUUGGGAACCACCAGUGCUCAGCUGGCCCCAGCCAAAACCCACCUCUGGAAAGGGCGCCUGCUCCACCAGUUGCCAAGCCGGUACCCAAGCCCAGGACGUUCUUCCAACGCCCUAGCCAAGCAGUGAGGCCAGAGCAGGGCCUGGUGCCCACGCCGCUGGCACGGACGUCGGUGCCAACACGCAAACCUGGCUGUGAGGGGCCUUCUGCUGCUUUCGUUGUACACGAGGGGUUUGUGCCAGGGGAAAGCUCCAUGGAUCUUGGGCGCUCGGAGUUCACCCUGGAGCAGCAGGCCGGCUCAGGAGAGAGAGGCUUAGCAGGCCCCCAGCCACUCCAGCCUGUGGGUAGGGAGAGUGCUCUGGAGCCUACGCCAGCGUCCCGGGCUGGGGUGGCUGAAGUGGGUUUGGAUGAUGUGGAUAUCCAGGCUGGGUGUGGAAAAUCCUCCCCUUCCAUCCCCAGUGUCUCUCCAUGCCUUGGCCAAGGGAUUCAGCAAGCUGAUUGCAGCCCCGCGAGCCCAGGGAUGAGCCAUUCACUGUGCAGCUUCCCAUGGUCUGCUCCAACCAGCCCUUCUGUCAGCGCACAAAGAGAGCCUUCGCCAGCCCCGGGCACCCCCUCCCAGCCAGCCUCUGCAUGGGGCAGGAUGGAGAUGGUUUCCAAUAUCAUUUAUGAGGGACUGGAGCCCCCUUCACAACCAGCUGGGUGUUCAGGGUAUGAGGAGCCUGCGAGAAACCGACCUACCCCAUGGCCACUGGACUCAGCCACGCAGCAAGGGACCACACCAGCAGAGAAGCCUGACUCUCCCAGAUGGCCCAGCCUGGACCUGCCCCCCAUCCCACAGAGGCCAGAGCCUGCCGAGGAGCCCAUCAGUCCCUACUGUGAGGCCGUGUUUGGACGUGGGCUCCCUGCCCGGGAGCAGAAGAGCACAGGGACCCCCGCUUUGCCAGGCUGUGAAGCGGUGCCAGAGCACUUCCCAGAGCUGGAGAGAGAGAGGCCCAGGACCAGCAGCGAGUGCAGCAGUGAGGGAACGGCAGAGGAGCACGAGAGCCGGGCCCAACGGAUCAGCUGGAUGCUCCAGAACAACACAAAGGACUAUGCCAUGGUGGAGGCUCCUCAGGCCGAGGGCUCCCGGUUCAGUCUUCCGUCUCACCUCUACCCAGAUGAGGUUCUGGAUGACUUGACCAUCUCCCCAUAUGCCAGCUACACCUUGCUGUCCGAGCGCCCACCCACUGUGCUCAGCGGCUGGCUGGACAAGCUCUCCCCGCAGGGGAAUUACGUUUUCCAGAGGCGCUUCAUCAGAUUCGAUGGGAAAAACCUCAUGUACUUCCACAGCGAGAAGGAACCAUAUCCCAAGGGUGUGAUCCCACUCUCUGUCAUUGAGAUGGCGCGCGCCACCAAGGAGAACAAGUUCCAGGUUGUCACAAGCCACAGGAUCUUUGUCUUCAGAGCUGAGAAUGAAGCUCAGAGGAACGAGUGGUGCUCCACCCUGCAGAGAAAGGUGGCAGAGCAGCGGUUGGUCAGCCCCCGGCCCCGCCUGGCCAGCAGCACUCACUGCCAGAAGUGUGGCACCCUGGAGCUCAAGGGCCACAAGUCCAAGCUGUUUGCAGCCCUCAGCCUGGCCACCAUGUGGCUGUACAAGAGUGAGCAGUUCUUUAAAAUGGGCAUCGCCAUCUGCCUGAUCGAGCUCCACGGCGCCACCAUCCGGGAGGCCAAGAACCGCAGCUUCGAGCUCAUCAGCCCAUUCAAGAUCUUCAGCUUCGUGGCCGAGUCAGAGCGAGAGAAACGGGAGUGGAUGGAGGCCCUGCAGGAUGCCAUUGCAGAGAUGCUGUAUGACUACGAGGUGGCUGAGAAAAUCUGGUCCAACAAAGCUAACAAGUUCUGUGCUGACUGCAGAGCCCUGAGCCCUGACUGGGCAUCCAUCAACCUGUGCGUGGUGAUCUGCAAGCAGUGUGCAGGUCAGCACCGGAGCCUGGGCUCCAGCGUGUCCAAGGUGCAGAGCCUGAAGCUCGACACCAGUGUCUGGAGCAAUGAGAUUGUCCAGCUGUUCAUCAUGCUGGGGAACGAGCGAGCAAACCAGUUCUGGGCCGCGUGCCUCCCGCCCUCUGAGGCCCUCUACCCAGACGCCAGCACGGAGCAGAGACAGGCCUUCAUCACUCACAAAUACCGCGACGGGCGGUACCGCCGCCCGCACCCCCGCUACCCUUCCCAGGAUGACGUGCUGCAGGCGCUCUGUGCUGCUGUGGCAGGGCCCGGCCUGCUGAAGACGAUCCUGCAGUUCUUCUCUGCCACUGAAGCCGGGAUGGCAGCUGACACAGGGGGCUGCAAUGGGUCACAGGGAACCGAGCUCUGGCGGACCCCUGAGAGCAGCUGGCAUGGGAACCAUCCAGUGCAGGAGCCGAGUCUGGAAGGGGUCUACAAUGAGAUCACCCAGCCCGUGGUGCACAGUGGCUACCUCUACAAGGCACCAGCCCUCUCCAAGCUCUCCGGCACCAGGAAAAGCAGAGAUGAACUGCACCGCGUCUGGUGCUCCCUGGAGAAGUCUCUCCUCUUCUAUGAGACUGACAAAUGUGCUGAGUCAGUAGGGAAGGUUGAGAUGGCUGAGAUGGUCUCGCUGGGCGUGAGCAGAGCAGAUGAACUGGCUAGUCCUGGACCUCCGGACAGGUUUCGCUUCGCUUUGGAGCUCUUCCUGAGCGGUGACAAAGUGCAGCAGCUGGGAGCUGAUGGGCCAGACACCCUGCAGGCCUGGGCCAGUGCCAUCGGCAAGUGGUUCACACCGCUCAGGUGUCACUGCCUGCUGGGCUACGAGUUCCAGAGAGUGGGGCGGUUGCACUACAGAUCCAUGCUCAGUCCUGAGCAGUGGCUGCAGGGCUUCUUCAUCCUGCAGAAAGCCCACCUGUUCUUCUGCCCAGGGGAGGAAGGUGCAGCCGAGGACAGCAUCAACCUCCGGAGGCUGCAGGAGCUCAGUGUGGUGCCCCUCACUGAGACUCCUGAGAAGAAGGAGGUGCUGAUCCUGGUGGAGAUGGGGAGGACCUUUUACCUGCAGGGGGUGUCGCGGAUGGACUUUGCAGCAUGGUGCACGGACAUCCAGGCCUCGGCAGGGGGACGGGGCAACGCCCUGCGCGACCAGCAGCUCAGCAGGAGCGACAUCCCCAUCCUCGUGGACAGCUGCAUUGCCUUCAUCACCCAAUACGGGCUGCGACAUGAAGGCAUUUACCGGAAGAAUGGAGCCAAGUCCCGGAUCAAGGUGCUGAUGGAGCAGUUCCGCAGGGAUGCCCGCAACGUCAAGCUGCGCAUCAGUGACAACUUCAUCGAGGAUGUGACCGACGUGCUGAAGAGAUUCUUCCGGGAGCUCGAGGACCCUGUCUUCACCUCGGAGCUGCACCCCCAGUGGAAGGAGGCUGCGGCAAUAGCCCUGAAGUCCCAACGGCUGGAGCGCUACAAAGAACUGAUCAACCACCUGCCCCGCCUCAACCGCAGGACACUGGCUGCUCUGAUUGCUCACCUCUACCGUGUGCAGAAAUGUGCUGACUUCAAUCAGAUGAACACCAAGAACCUGUCACUGCUCUUUGCUCCCAGCCUUUUCCAGACAGAUGGCAAAGGGGAGCAUGAGGUCAAGGUGAUGGAGGACCUGAUUGACAACUACGUCCGCAUUUUCAACAUUGACGAGGACCAGGUGUCACAGAUGGAUCUAGAGAACAGCCUCAUUACCACCUGGAGGGAUGUGCAGCUCUCACAGGCUGGAGAUCUCAUCAUUGAGGUUUACCUGGAGCAGAAGCUGCCCGACUGCUGUGUCACCCUGAAGGUGUCACCUAUCAUGACGGCGGAGGAACUGACCAAUCAGGUACUGGAGAUGCGCAACGUGUCAGCGAGCCUGGACAUCUGGCUGACCUUUGAGGCCCUGGAGAAUGGGGAGCUGGAGCGCCCCCUGCACCCCAAGGAGAAGGUCCUGGAGCAGGCUCUGCAGUGGUGUAAGCUGCCUGAGCCCAGUACCGCCUACCUACUGGUGAGGAAGGUUCCCAUUGGAGAAGGCAGCUGUCUCUUCACAGGUGCCAAGCGCAAGAGCCCCAAGUGUGGGGUGCUGAAGUGUCGGGAGGAGCCCCCCAAACUCCUGGGCUGCAAGUUUCAGGAGCGAUACUUCGUCAUCCAGGAUCACAAGCUGCUGCUGCUGAAGGAGAAAAGGAGUGCCCGGCCAGAGCGGGAGUGGCCCCUCGACAUGGCCAAGGUUUACAUGGGGAUUCGGAAGAAGCUGAAGCCGCCGUCCCAGUGGGGAUUCACUCUGAUCCUGGACAAGCAGCAGCUGUACCUGGCGUGCAUGGGGCAGGCCGACCUGUGGGACUGGACCACAAGCAUUCUGAAGGCUCAGCACGACGACCUGCGCCCAGUGAUCAUGCGACGGCGCUCCUCCUCUGACCUCGCCAAGCAGAAGUUUGGCACCAUGCCCCUGAUCCCUCUGCGGGGAGACAAUUCAGAUGCCACCAUGCUCUCCGCCAACCAGACCCUGCGCCGCCUGCACACCCGAAGGACUUUGUCUAUGUUCUUUCCCAUGAAAAUGCACCAGGACUCGGUAGAGGAACAGCAGGAGGAGACAGCGGACACAGAGCCUGUCUACGAGGAGGUGGGUGAUUUCCCAGUGCUGGCCCCGCUGGGACUGGAUGGAGGCCUCCUGGCCGAGCUCUCCCAGGUACCCGCCGUGGACAGAUCCAAGAAGCCGGUCCUGUUCCCAGAGCAGCCUGCGCCCCCAGCACUUCACUCCGUCCGGCCCAUCAGCCCAGAGCAGAGAGCGUCUGGCGCCCACUUCACCAAGUCACUUUCCCUUGAAAGGGGCCCGACCCUGGAUUCUGAAACGGCCAUGGGGUGGGACAGGUCCCCUGGGCUUAGAGCCACCCAAACAGCCUCGCUCGAGAGAAACAUGGAGCUGCCCCGCACACUGCCUGCUGUGGGGACGGAGCAGAACUGGACUCGGAACCCACACGCUGUGCUGCUGCCCCUUCCCCUGGAGCUGUCUCCCAGCCCCGAGUCCCCGCAGGAUGGUGCCAGGAAGAGGAGUGCCCAGCUGCCGUCGCCCAUCAAUGAGAAACUCAUGCAGGAACUCAGCAGCAUCAUCCUCAAGAAGAAUGAGUGCCAGGCAGACGGGCCUGAGCAGCAGGUCACGUGACCUUGUGUGUCAGGGACAGCCACAGAUUUCGUCCUGUGAUACCUGAGCCCUCUCUGGACACUCCUGCAUCACUUCCCACCUGGUAUUCUCAGGGCUGACUGCUGUGCCCCUGCCUUCCCCACCCCUGAGGAGCUGAGCAAGCCACCCCGGGACGGGACACAGCAUUCAAGCCUCCAGCCCUGUGUAACGAUGCUGCCUUUGGUGGGACACUGCUGAGAGUACCAAUUCAGGACAAAUUGCUUAGAGCAGGACAGUUACAGCCCAAGGCUGGGGUUUCUCCACUUCUAAGGCAAACCAAACCAGCCAGACAGAGAGGACUUUGGUUUUACCCCACUGGCUAACCACAAGUCACACAAGCAAGUCCCUUAGACACUCCAGUUUCCCAGUAUCACCACCAGUGCCACUCGUUAUAAGGACAAAUGGUUAUGAAAAGCAAUACCCCAGUAAAAGAAAAAAGGUUCUCCCGAUCCCAAAGGACCAAGCCCCAGACCCAGGUCAAUAUACAAAUCAGAUCUUACCCACAAAUCGUGCUGUUGCCAAUCCUUUAGAAUCUAAAAUCUAAAGGCUUAUUUAUAAAAGGAAAAAGAUAUAUAAAUGAGAGCUAAAAUUGGUUAAAUGGAAUCAAUUACAUACAGUCAUGGCAAAGUUCUUGGGUCAGGCUUGUAGCCGUGAUGGAAUAAACUGCAGGUUCAAAUCAAGUCUCUGGAGUACAUCCACAGCUGGGAUGGGUCAUUCACUCCUUUGUUCAGAACUUCCGUUUGUAGCAGGGUUCCUCCAGAGGUCAGAAGCAGGACUGAAGACAAGAUGGAGAGGUUUUUAGGGCCUUUUAUAUUCUCUGCCCAUGGAAGGACACCCCUUUGUUUUUACUGUAGAAAAUCACAGCAGCAAGAUGGAGUCUGGAGUCACAUGGGCAAGUCACAUGUCCAUGCAUGAAUCAGUUUGCAGGCCAACGCCAUUGUUUACAUGUUAGUUUGAAUGUUCCCAGAAAAGCUCAGAUGUGGAUUGGCAUCUCCCAAAGUCUAUAUACUUAUAACUUUAACUACAAAAAUGAUAUACACAUACAGACAGCGUAAUCAUAACCAGCAAAUCAUAACUUGGACAUAGACACCUCACUCGACAACCUUUGUACAAUAUUUAGUGCCACUACAGAAUCUUGGUUGCAACAAUGGUCUACACGGUCACAGUUUGGGUCAAUAACAUCACAAACUGCCCUCCCAGGGUUCCUCCAGCUCUCCUGCCUAGGCCAGGUGGUUUCGGCUAAAGGCAGCAAGGGGGACAUCUCCAGGCGCUUGUUAGUGGGAUGCAGAAGUCAGCUCUGCCCCUUGAGCACUGAGCCAGAGCAGUGUCUGCCACCAGAGCACUGCACCCACUGCAGGGGGACACGCCAGCUCCAAUACCCCCACAGGAGGGCAUGGGACUGGAACCUGCCCUGGGUCAUGGGCAGGGCAACUGAGGCGGGAGGAGGAGAUUGUGUCUGAGAUCAGCUCUGCAAAGCAAAGGGAAGUCUCUGAGAAGGGAAAAGCAGAAACUAAAUUACAGGAACGAGGUGAAUUUUUGCAGACUUGCAUUGUGUCUGGGUGUCUGCGUGGGAAGUGUGUGCAUCUUUCUGUCUGGGUGUCUCCAGUGUGCAUUACAUCUGCGGGGGAGGUGUGUGCGAUGGCUGUGUGUGGUUCCUGUGGCACAGUGCCUGUGCCCACUGUGCAGGAGGUGUGCAAUGGUUGUGUGUGGUUCAAGUGUGCACAAUACCUGUGCUGGCUGUGUGGGAGAUAUGCGAUGGCUGUUUAUGGUUCCCAUGUGCAUGAUGCCUACGUGACAUGUAGUUUCCUGUACUGAGGGAUUGACCUCCCAUGGUGUGAGGGGUCCAGAACUGAAGGGGAGAUGCAAGAAGAUCCCAAUCCUUGCUGUGUAGCUAGAGCCCAGGUCCAGCUGGUGGAGGCAGUACCCCUGGGAAGGGCCCAGCAGCAUUGGGGCCUCUGUUACCAGAUGUGCCCAUAACUUUGGGGUAUGCUCAUUUAUUAGGGUUAUUCUUCGGGGGGGGGAUUCUGUAAUUCUAUUAAUAUACUGCUUAUGUCAGUUGUGUGUUCAUAUGGAGCUCUACUCCUUCCUUCUGCAAGUCUCCUUCCAAUAGAGCUAUCCUGCAGGACCUAGGUUCCCCAGCACUGGGUUUUUCUAGCCCUAGAACCAGAUGAACACGCAUGCACACUAACAGAGCAAGUCUGAGCAGACCGGGUCAAUCAGCACUCUCAAGCUGUCACCCUUAUAUGCCCCUGGUCUCAAUAGGCUGGGCCAAGCAGCACUUUCAGGUGCCAUCCUUAUAUGCCACAGGUUUAACACAUCUCUAUCCCUACUUUCACAUCACAAUUGUACUGGUUGUACCCACUUGAUGAGCAAACCCCACAGUAUUUUGGGCACUGCAGGGAUCUUUAGCUUAGGUAAAAGAAGUGUUGCUGCAGAGUAAAUGGGGGAAGCUAAAAACACAAGAGUAAAGUUCAGAGAGAGAGAGAGAGAGAGAGAAGCAACCAGCUUAACCAUAAAAGUUAUUUAUUGAAUAAUAGUGAUAACUACACAAGGAGAACCUAAACCAACAUAACAGUUACAUUAUUAAAGGUUAAUACUUGAGGUAGAAAAGGAAACGGAGAGAGAAGGGAG